AUCUUUCUUUCCUCCUCUCUCUUUCGAUCGUGAUUUGCCACUUUCAUAGAGGUCGGAAAAAUGGGCCGGAAGAAGGCGCUGGGAGAAGGUGAUGGAGGUGGUGCCAUGAGGGACAUGCAGAGUGCGUUCGCACAGCUGCAGAGCAUGAUGGCAAUGGCCAAUCCUGAUUUUAAUGUGACGCCCGCGAAGGGAGUGGGAGGCUUACAAGCUUUCUCCAAUGGUGGCAGUGGAGGUGGGAGACUUGCUGAGAUCAGGGCAGAUGGCGGUAGGCAGAGUAGGGUUCCGCGCGUUCGGUGGGAGGAGGAUUCCAGGUCGUUGCUGCACCGGUGCUGCUGGGGAUCGACAUCGACGGACUGUUGCUUUUGAUGGCUGUGUUGGAAUGAAAGAGACUGACCGAAGGCCCUCCUCGGUUCGGCCUUCGUUGUCUCACAGGUCUUGGCCAGAUGCCCACACCUGCACCAAAAGCCAGCAAUUUGCCAGCAGUAUUUGCAGCGAAGGCUGCAGCACUAGCCGCAGCGCCGAUAGGCGUGCCAGCAGCUUCUCGACUGCCAGCAGCCCAGGCCGUGCCAACGAUGCCGGUACGGCCACCAAGUGCGCCGGCAAGGCCGCCACCAGGAAUGGAUCAGGAUGGCUACGACCCCAACAAGAUUUAUGUGUCUGAGCAUGGGCGCAUCCACCCUGACAUUACCGAGCUUUGUGAAGGUUUCUACAUCGAACAGAGGCAUGUGGAGAAACUGAAUGAGCUCAUGAAGAAUCGGAUGGACACCUGGGAUGAAGAUCUCAAGAAGCUCAGGGAGAUCAUGGAGAAGGCAAGGUCCCCGUGUGGUAUGCUGGUUGUCAAGAUGAAGGAGAUCGAAGACGGUACAUUUGUUGCGGUGAAUCGCGACAAAAGGAUGAGGCACCUCGUGGAGAAGUUCAAGCUGGACCGCAUUGCAGAAACUAGCAUUUCAGAUAUUCUCGCUCGAUGUUCCGAAGAGAAAAAGAGUGAAUACUACUACGAUCUGGAGAAGCACUUCGAAUGCUCGGGAAAGCCCUCUGCCACUGCCAUGCUCAUCAUGAAGAAACUGGCGAGUGGUGAUCCCCUGGGUCCACCUGGGAGACCCGCGCCUGGGAGCUACUUGCACCGCUUGCAAAAUGGCGACAAAGCAGAAAGAGGAGACAAAGCAGAAAGAGGAGAAAGAGGAGAAAGAGGACCGGAUCGUAGAGAAGGCAGAGAUUUUAGAGAAGGAGACCGACCUGAUCGAGGCAGAGACUUCAAAGAAGCCAGAGAUGGUCGUUUCUCGAGCGAUCGAGAUCGUGGAGAUCGUGGGUACCGGGAUCGCGAGCGCAGUGAUCGCCGAGAUCGCUUCGAUCGGCGUGAGGAGUUGGACCGACGAAACGACCGACGGGAGGAGCGCAGAGACGACCGGCGGGAGGACCGACGGGAGGACCGACGUAGAGACGCUCCAACUGCGUCACGUGAUCCGGAACCCUUUGUGCCCAAACCGAAAGGAAUGGAAAGACCAGAAAGAGGAGAGGGCUGUCCAGAAGCCGAAGGUUUGACUGGUAAGGCUGCUGCUGAUGCCUUGCAGGCAGGUGCAGACAGAGUGCGUAAAGAAGUUCAAUUAAAUAUUCAAGCAGCCAUCCGAAAGGCAAUUUCCGAAGGACGACCGAUGGAGGAGUGGACCGCAUGAAGAUCAUGAAGCCGGAUUACCGGAUACAGGUGGUUCGUCAUGUAUUCUGUUAUCCAAUGGUUGCUCAAUGCAAUACCAUUGGCCAUUGACUGUGUGUUGCGCGGGUUUGUCAAUAUUGCAACAUGACCUACAUAUCGAAGCAAUUGAUUGUGGGUUGGUGGCAGCAGCGAGUUGCUUGUCAGAGUUUCCCAUACAGAGCUAGCCAUGCGUGGG